CGACACUGAGAAAUGUCUCCAAACACGACCUGUGACGCUCUCCAGUCUUUUUCUCCAAGGCUGACUGUGGCCAAAAGGAAAGAGGCUCUGGAGUUGAGAAAGACUAUGAAACCACUAAUGGAAAAACGAAGGCGCGCCCGCAUCAACGACAGCCUGAACCACUUGAAGAAUCUCAUUCUUCCCCUCACAGGCAGAGACAAAACCCGCUACUCCAAGCUGGAGAAAGCCGACAUUCUGGAAAUGACCGUGAAGUUCCUCAGUGACAUUCCUCCUGUUAACGUGAAAAGCCCAGCAGACAGCUAUAGAGAAGGUUUCAAAGCCUGCCUCCAGCGCGUCCCCGCUCUACUCCCCAAAACCAACCUGGACGAAGAGGCGUGCCAGCGAGUCGAGGACUUCGUCCAGAAGUCGAUGUCUGCGAACAGCUCGCCGACUUGCCUGAAAUGCUGCGCCCAUAACGCCAGGGCUUUACCCCUGCUCCAUCAAAAACUCCUGACUCUGAAAACGUGCUUCGGCGCCAGUCUGGAGAGUCAGCCAGCGUCAGCAGUCAGCCGAGCGCAGUCAGGCCCGCAGCCAGUCCGCGUUGCUGUGUGGAGACCCUGGUAGAGCUCCGCAGUUGAAGAUCCCUCAUCUUUAAUGACGAGGAGUCUUUAAUCACGCUAUUGUGAUGUGUUACGUUUAAGUUGAAUUACCUGUAAAUUGUUCUUUAGAACUUAUUGUUGAAGUGGUUUGAUUAAGUAUUAUAUACUUGAGUUUUGCGCGCCGGUCCGUUGUCUUGUGUAAGUUGACAAUGUUAGACAGUCGUAUUCUUCUUAAAUCCGCAUGUAUGUAUACGUUCAAUAUUUAGUCCUCUCGCUGGACUGAAUGAUGAAGGGCUAUUGAAACAGCCCUGUAAGACCCAAGGGGUCAUUAUUUGUACGGAUUUGCACGAAAGGCUUCAGAGUUCUGAGUCUGUGCAAAUGAACUUUGUAGACAUUAAAUGUCUCUGUAAUAGUAU